AUGCGAAGCAUGUUGGAGAGCCCCGCUAAAAUUUCUCUGGCCCAGCCUACUAUUUUCUUCAAGGGCCUGAAGAAAGACUUCGCUGCGUGUACGAAUCACGUUCAGACGGCCACCGCACCCUCGACAGACGGCAGGCAAUCCGACACAAUGGGUUCACAGAAAGCCGGCAACCGGUCCUCCGGGGCCUCGCUGUCCAUGAAGACGAGCAACAAGAUGAGGCGCAAGCAGAUGUUCAUCGAAGACAAGAAGGUCAAGGACAAGCAGCGACACGAGGAGCGACACCGCCGCAGGAAAGAGGAGGCCAAGAACCCUGAGCUUCGCGAAGCCCGACUCGCCAAGAACAAGCCCCAGACCCUCGAGACGAAGCGAGUGUGGGACGAUGUCGACGACGACAGCCUGGGCGCCAUUGUCGACGUCGAGAAGCUCAAGAGGCGGAGGCUCGAGGAGGAGGAGCGGGCUGCCAAUGAAGCCAUGGAGGUCGAUGAGGAGGAAGACGACGAAGAGGACGACAACGACAGCAUGCUUGACUCGGGUGACGAGGACGACGAGGAACGGCAGGCCAAGCUCGAGGAGAAGAAGGAGAAGAAGAAGCGCGCGAAACGCGACGACAGCAUGGCACCCUCGACCACCAGCACAAACCUCGACCUCACCCCCUCCUCGCUGUCGACAAAAGUUCCCGACCCUCUUCACAGACAUCCCACCGCCGCCUCCCAAAGAUCCUCAUCACGACAUCCCCUCAACUCGACCCUCCACCACGAGGCCGACGUCUUCUGCACCCUCUUUCCCCCAACUCCAACUACAUCCGCCGCACCCCAACACCCACUACGGCCACAAGUACUCUCUCCGCGAGAUCAGCCGCUUCGCCGCCCAAUCGCGAAAAACUGCCCCGGCCACGGCAAACCCCCACCAACCCACCUACCCGGAACUGCUGCUCAACAACUUCAAGACCCCCCUCGGCAUGCUGACGGCCAAGCUCUUCCAGACACUCGCGAUUAUCUCUUCUGGCGCCGCCACCGCUACGUCUUCCGCGACAAGCGCGCGACCGAGAAGAACAUCACGACCGCCGAGGGCAAGGACCUCGAGGGCGUCGAGGGCAUCAGGGUUGGCCUGCAAGAAGUCGGGCCUCGCUUUACCCUCAAGCUGCGGAGAGUCGACAAGGGUGUCGGCCGCGCCGGCAGCGAGGGCGAGGAUGCCCUGCAGUGGGAGUGGAAGGGCAAGAUGGAGAAGGACCGCAAGAGGUUCAACCUGUAA